ACGCCGAGUCAACUGGUCCGGGGGGGGCAUCCUUGAGUGGGGAGCUGAUGGAAGGGGAGGCGGAGGCUGAUGAUGACGAGGUGUCAGCGGUUUCCUCUCAGUUGAGCUCCACUGUCCGCAGCGUUGGUUCGUACAGCCGAAGUGUCACCUCCUCAGUGCUCCAGCCAAGCAGGGGAUCCGCGGCAAACUCUUACUACGACAGUUAUGUGCCGUUCUCCCCCACGCCCUCUGCAGCCUCAGCUGCCGCAGCUGCUGCCUGGCAGCAGCAGCAAGGCAGCUCCAUUGCGGGGGGUUCUUCGGCAAAGCGGAAGGCACUUGUGCGACUGCCGGUGCGCCCUACAUCCGCUGCAGCAGCCACAGGCUUAGGCAGACCAGCUGGGGGCAGCAAGAAGCAAGCCUACAUGCCGAGUUACCUGGGAUAUGUCCCUCAGGGCAUAGAGAUCCCCCUCCGCACCUCCAAUAAAAGCCUUCCCAUGCUAACAGGCUCGCAGCAGGAGCUCAUGCAGCAGCAGCAGCAGCCGCUGCAACCUCAGUCCAAAAAGCAACGGAGAGCAGCAGUUCGGGAGGCUGAGGCAGCAAGUGCUGUUGCAGCGUAUCCCUUCGCUUCCGUUGCGCCCUCAGGGCCCCCCUCCCUGGGAUCCUCUGCGAUUCAGACGGCUCCUGGAGUUUAUCAAGACGCCGAUCCUGCCGCCUGCGGCUUUUCUCAGUCUCAGCAACCCCCCACCCCAUUUGGAGGUGCCUCCUCGAGUCUCUCCGGAGUAGCGAUGUGGCCUCCGCUGAUGCAGCAGCAGUUUCCCGCUACUCCCCAGGGUGUUGUCUCGCUCGGCGCUGAGGGAUUAUCGCACGAGAAGAAGGGGAAACGCGAUAGAAAGGGGAAAGCAGGAAAGGCCAAGAAAAAGGAGAGGGAUAGCUCACCUAGCUUCCAUCCAGCGCAACAGCAGAUGGACUACAUGCCAGCUCCUGCAGCACCUCAAAUAGUUGAGGGGACCCCUCAGAGGCCACAAGGGAUGAAGCCUUUGCGGAUCAGACUUUCAUUUGGUGCACAGCAGCAGCAGCAACCAGUCAGUGCUGCUGUGCCUCAUCAGCUCCCUAUGCAGCAGACGCAGCCUGUUUAUACCUACCCUGAGCCUCAUGAUCCACAGCAACCAACGCAGCAGCAACCAAUGCAGCAGCAACCCGUGCAGCAGCACUCCUUCUAUGCCCAACCGCCAUACCCGCCGGUUCAACUAACAGCCUACAACCCUCAGCAGCAGCAGCAGCAGCAGCAGCAGCAGGCAGCUACUGCUGUCCCCCCGAAGUUCCGCAUCCGGCUUCCAAUGCAGCCUCCGCAGUAG